CUCUUGUUCUGCAGUAUGAGAUUAGGAUUCCUGUCAUAACUGUUUAUUACUCUCUCCUAAAAUACGGAUAUCAAACAUUCAGUCAGUGAAGACGCGUCCACACCGUCGAUUUUUAAGAUUUCAAGGUGUCAAAUUAUCUGAUUCUUCACUCUCUUUUAACAACUUCUUGACAAACAUCCAGCAUUUUCGUUUAUCAAAAAUGACACCCAUUGGACUGGCUUGCUUUGACUUUGACUGGACACUCAUUGAAACUGAUUCUGAUCGGUUUGUGAUGGAGGGAUUGUCACCUACACUUCGAGAACGACUCAAUCGUCCCACUAUGCAAUGGACAGAUCUUUUAAAUGCUUGUCUUCAGGAGUAUCACGAGCAAGGUGGGACGAAACAGGAUGUUAUCAAUGCAAUGAAGAAGGCUCCUAUGGACUCAAGCAUGAUUGAAGUCUGCAAGCUAUUGCACAGUCAUGGCUGGACAUUAGUGAUCCUCUCUGAUUCUAAUGCAGUCUAUAUUGAUGAGAUUCUCAAGCACCAUGAGAUCCGACAUUUGUUCAGUGCAGUCAUCACCAACCCUGCUCACUGGGAUGAGCAAGGUCGACUCCAUAUCCAGCGAUUGAUCCCUGUAGAUGCACCUCCACAUAGCUGCCCCACCGGUACAUGCAGUGUCAACAUUUGUAAAGGUCAAGAGUUGGAUCGGUUGAUGCAGAGCCUUGGACAAUUAACAGCGACGGAUCCAAUUGCACAGGCAGCCUCUAUUACAGCUACAUCGCUUGUAGGGGAGGAGCUAGAAGAUAAUUCAACACGUUCAUUGAGAAUGUUGUAUGUAGGAGAUGGUAGGAAUGAUUACUGCCCAGCACUUCGGAUGCGAAACAGCCAUGAUUUGUUUUUCGUACGUCGUGGUAGGACAUUAGAAUACCUGUUGACAGAGUUUCCAGCAACUCGUAGUGCGAUCCAAUCGAGAAUUGUACUCUGGGAUCAUCCAAGCCAAGUUUUAGAGGCACUACAGGCGGAGGAUCUGAAACUUUGAUUCGAGUUGUUUGAAAGAUAGAGACAGAGAGUCAACAGAUUUAUAUAUUUGUGCGUAUAAGAAGAAGCUCAAUGGUCAUCUAUGAAUAUAUAUAUGGUGUACUAUCUGUUUGCGGUCUAGAUAGAUCAUGAAUUAUAGUCAUUUCCUGCACUCUGACACUGGAGCCAUUUAGGUCGCCGUAAAUCCUAUUUCAGAUCCUUAACUUUUCACACAGGCAACCCGCAAUCUUGACAAAGACUUUGACACAGGUGCCUAUGUUUGGCCUUACACUUUAGUAAACAGUGC